GCACUGUAUUUUUCAAGAGCUUUUAAUUGACCAGGUUUCUUUCUCCUCUCUUCUCUCUUGCUCUACUAUAUACUUGCACAUGUUCAAGCGCGCCGAUGUUUCGUCAAUUCGCUAGGGGAGUCUGUUUCCUAGUUGCUUGACUGUAUUGGAAUUAAAGUGAAUCGGAUCGUUUGAUUAUUUGGCCAAUUGGUUUAGUGCUGCUUUCAACUGUGUAUGGAUUUUUGUGAGUGUCGUAUUAUUCUGCGGUAUUGAGCUUCUUUCCCCCUUUUUUAAUUUCUUGAUUCUCUGUUUCGUGUGAGGAGGAUAAAGGAUUUUGUGAGUGACGUAUUUUGAGGUGAAUUCGUGUUUUGAUGUUUUAGUGAAGCGAGCAGCUGGUAAUCUUGUUGCCCUUGUUCAAUGUGGAAAAUAGAAAAUAUGGAACAUUGUAUUUAUUGUAUAUAUUUUUGACUUGAUGUGGUUUUUAUGUAUAAUACGCUCAUUUCUGAUUUCAAGAUGAAGGGAGUACUUUCUUAUCUUGAUCUUGGAAAUGUAAUAAAAAAUUGUAAUGCGGUCAAAUUUUGGGGAAUUAGUAUACAUAAUGAUUGGUUUUAAAAUUUCUCUGAUCAUUUGUAAUUGAAUAUGUUUUGUGAGUGGUUGUUGGAGGCUGAGUUACUCUCACGUUUGCUGUUGUUUUAGUCUGAUGAGAUGUUUAGUGUUGCACGUUUUUGCAAAAGUGAUGGUAAAACUGCAGAAGAGUUUCAUAGAUGUUCGUCAUUUGUUCGUAUUGUGUGCAUUAUUACUGUUGAAAUCUUUUGAUAUCUUCAUGGAUGAUGUUCCCAUGUGACAAUGUUAGAGCUACUGUAAAGCAGGCACAAAGUAGACUGAAUUGAAUAUAUUGAGGCAGAUGACAAAUGUUUUAGUUUUUGUACUUGAUGCAUCAUGUUUAAGGGAACUUAAUUUUUUAGUCUCCAGAACUCAUGGUGGAAGAGAGUUCAAAGCAAGAUACACUUAUGAAGGAGGAGAUUCAGUUGUAUACCAACUGGGACGAUGUCAUGUGUCCCAUAUGCUUGGACUUUCCUCACAAUGCUGUUCUUCUCCAAUGCGCAUCAUAUGAAAAAGGAUGUCAUUCCUUUGUGUGUGACACGGAUCAUUUGCAUUCCAAUUGUCUGCAACGCUUCAAACAAGCAAAUGGAAUGUCACCAGAAGGCAAAUCCCCAAGCACUGCUGAAAGUAUACAGUGUGUGGGUUCAGAAUCCGAGAGCAAACCAGCAUGCCCCUUGUGCAGAGGAGAAGUCACUGGAUGGGUAGUGGUCAAUAAGGCUCGUAAUUAUCUGGAUGAGAAGAAACGUUGCUGUGAAGAGGAAAACUGUCAAUUUGCAGGUACUUAUUCUGAGCUCCGAAAGCAUGCACAGGUGGAACAUCCUCAUGCUUGCCCUUCAAAAAUAGAUCCUGCACGCCAGCUUGAUUGGGACAAUUUCCAGCAGUCCGCUGAGAUCAUAGAUGUAUUAAGUACUAUUCAUUCAGAAGUUCCACGUGGAGUGGUUUUGGGUGAUUAUGUUAUCGAGUAUGGAGAUGAUCACUCUGGAGAUGAUUAUGAUGACUUCCCUGGGGAUGAGGGAAACUGGUGGACAUCCUGUAUUCUGUAUCAAGUUUUUGAUAACUUUAGGGCAUCUAGAAACCGAAGAAGAUCAAGAGUCAGUGAUUCAAGAAGAGGAAACCACCGUUUGAGUUUUGAUACUUCAAACUCUGAUGAGGGUUCUGUGUCGUCUGCGGAAUAUGCAGAUUACAGAGCUGAUGAGACUGAUGAUGAAUAUAUGAGUGCAAGGGCAUUAUCCAGAAGAAGAGUUGCAGAACAUAGCUCUAGAAGGCGUCGCUCCCGCUUCUUUGACAACUAGGGGAUCCUAUUUUCAAAUUGGAAGUUAUCACAUCUGAUUUCCUUGGCAAUGACAUACAACUAUUCUCAUUUUGCUGUUCAUGCGUUGUACUCCAUUUGUUAUUAUGCACUCUUGAUGAUCUCUUCUAGUAAUUAUGCAACAGAAUAGUGUUCAUCAUAGGUGUGGAAUGGAGAAAUCGAAAAGUUUACAGAUCUCUGUUGGGCUGUUGACAAACAAUGGAUGAUGCCAAAAUCAUACUGGCAGUGCUGGUGGUGCAAAGUUCUCAGUUUAACAGAUUGAUGUUCCUCUUAGGUCACUUGUUUGUCAUACUUGGAUUGCAGGAGUGUCUGGUUUUAAAACUUUAACGCGCUCCGCUUUCUUAUAAUUGUUUAAUUUUACCCCCUUGUUAAUGUUUCUUGGCAGACUUCCUUAGCUUCUUAGAUGACUAUAUGUCUGAAUUCAACUACUGCUGGAAUUUGUCUGUCAAUGGAAACAAUGUUCAUAAAUGUAUCAUUUCAUUUUAUUUCAUUAUAA